AUGCCUCUAAUAAAAAAAAUAUUUCACUCACAUAAAGAUAAAUUCGAUACAAACAAUGUCAACGAAACAAUAUCAAAAAAAGAAAAAAAAGACAAAGACAAAGACAAAAAAGAGAAAAGAAAAUCCCUUUCUUUUAUAUCGAAAUCUCACAGAAACUCUGUGUCUUCUUUAUCUUCAAUAAACUCUUCCUCUUCAUCUACUGCCACUUCCUCAAAUCGUAUUUUAAAUAAAAGAGCAACCAUCAAUACCAUAGACAAUUUCAAAAAAAAUCAAAGCAAUUUAAGGUUUCUCAAUAACGUUACUCCAAGUCCUCCAAAUAACCAAAUAAAAUCUUCAAAAUCCUUUUCAAAUGUAUAUCCAAAUUCAAUUUCAAACACCAUUCCUAAUAACACCAUUCCCAACGACACUCCUAAUAACAUCCCUACUAAUGAUACUAAUUUAAUCCAAGAAAACAAAAAAUCUUCCUAUUUAAAUCAUCAUAAAUCAAUUAGCAUAGGUACCUUAUCUCAUAAAAACAACAUCUCUCCCUCAAAUGGCCUCUUGAUUCAUUCUCCCGGCGGUAUCAAUAAAAUGCAUCUAUUAAAUGACAACCCUCAACAAAUAAACAACUCCAUCAUCAAUAAUAAUAAUACAAUUCAAAAAGAUAAAAUCGAUAAAUCUCAUCCCAAUCAAAAUAACCACUUGGUCUCAGAUACACCAUCUUCAAUUCCGAAUGAUAGCGGUUUACCUUCAAUCAAUAAAGCUAAUAACAUUUAUUACGCCCCAUUUCAAGUCCAGGUCAAAACUUAUUCUCACAUCUCCGGCGAUUUAUCUCAGCAAUUAACUACAAAACCUUCCUACGGCUUACCUUCUGUUGAUUCGGUUCAAAGAAAACAAACCCUAAGAAAUUCAAUCUAUUCUUUUCAUACUUCAACAAAUUUUAGCACAAAUACUAACCAACAACUCAAUUCCUUUUAUUCAUCUGACAACAACUCCUCAUCCAAUGGUCCAAAUAUCCUCCCAAAUCCCAUCGAAGACCCAAAUAACUAUCUACCACAAAAUCUACAACAAGACUUUCAAGUAAUGACUGAUAAAUACCAAUUUCCUGAUAAUAAUAUCAACAAUUCUAAAAAUCUCGGUGAUGGUGCAAGCGCUUCCGUGAGAUCGGUUAUAAGCAAAUCAAACAAAAAAGUUUAUGCCCUUAAGAAAUUCCUCCUAUUCAAACAUGAAAAACCUGAACAUUUUUAUAACAGAUGCUCAAAGGAAUUCAUCAUAGCUCAUAUUGCCUCUCAAAAUAAACACGUUGUUUCAACUAUCGCUCUAGUCAAAGUUUCAACAACCACCCAAAUUUCCAGAGGUUGGGCAUUUAUUCUAGAAUAUUGCAGAAAUGGUGAUUUGUACAACUUGAUAGUUCAAAAGGGUUUUGCUAAUCAAAAGGAAGAUUUGAAAUAUUGCUUAUUUAAACAAAUCUCUUUGGGUCUAAAAUUCCUACACAAUUUAGAUAUCGUUCAUCGUGAUUUAAAACCUGAAAAUAUCCUAUUAGAUGAAAACGGAAUCUGUAAAAUUACUGAUUUUGGUGUUUCUGAUUUUGGCCAUGAAAUUCCUGGCGAUUUUUCCUCGGGCGUUAAAUUAUCCACAUCAUUCGUCGGUUCGCCUCCUUAUUAUCCUCCUGAAGUAUUGUAUUUCAAAAAUUACAAACAAAGCAAAAAGGAGACUCCUCCAAAAUAUGAUCCAUUCAAAAUGGAUUGUUGGUCAUUAGGUAUGAUCAUGUUUGCAAUUGUUUACAGAAGAACGCCAUUUAAAGAACCAAGCGCUGAAGAUGUCCAAUAUAGGGAUUAUGUUUCAGCUUAUCGUAGUUUCCUAAAGAUAAAUAGUGGUUUCAAGACUAACCCUGAAGCAAGAGGUCCAGGUAUUGAUUAUAAAUUUGGUGGAGGCUUUAAGAAUUCUCAAGCAUCAAGGGUUGCAUGGAGACUAGUUGAUCCAAAUCCCGAUGAAAGAAUGACAUUAGAUGAAUUGUUUAGAGACAAUUGGUUUGUUAACCUUGAAAUGUGUUGUACUGAAGAUAAUUGCGAUUAUAAUCAUGAAUUAUACGAAAUCAGUAAAGAUCAAAACAAAUUUAUUGAAUAUUUACCAAUUCGUAAACAUUUUGACGCUAUUGAUGAUAAAUCAAUCAAAAAACAAGCAGAACAUACCGUAAUAACCAAUAACAGUUCUGAUAUUAAUCCUGUAACAUCAUUGAAAUCAUCCACAUCAUCUAACUCAUUGUUUGAUUUGAAAAAUCAUAUUAGUUCAACAGAGCAAGUUUCCCCUGUGUCGGUUCCAUCAAUGGUAAAUAGUCCCAAACUAUCUGCAUCCAGCCAAAUUGGCCUUUCAUUAACAUCGGUCAUCGAAGAAGGUAACGGAGUAAAUGAGGAAGAAUUACAAGAGCCGGAAACACUUGAUUUGAGCGCUCCAGCAAUAGCAUUAAGUAAUUCAUCAACAAGCUUAAAUUCCAAUGGAACAAAAAUGCGUCGUGCUAAUAGCAGUAGCUUUGAUAAGAAUAGAUUAUCUAUACCUGAACACAUCACUGAAAUGGAUGAUGAAGAUGAGGAAAAACAUAAUGGAAAUGAAAAGACAAAGAUUGGUAAACAAAAAACUGAAAAGAAGAAUGAAAAAGAAGAUAAUGAAAGUGAUAGCGAUCGAUUGUCAGUAAAUGAAGAUUUUAAAGAUGCAUCGGAAUCGCCUAGUAGCAGUUCUUUUAUUAAUUUUACGGUUUCGCCAUCAUUUCAAUCAUUAAAAUCCGGUCCAAUUUCCGGAAAUGGAACAGGAUACAAGAAGACUGGAGGAACCCAGUUAUCGAUGAUUCCACAAGAUAUUCUAAAUAAUGUUCCGGCACAUAAAUCUGCUGCAAGAGAAUCUAAUAAUAGUUUGGUUAAUGAAUAUUCUAAUGGAUCAAUGUCAAGGUUAUCAAUGAUAAGUCCUAAUAAGUUAAGCAGUAUUAGUGGAGAUAGCAGCUCAAUGAUUUUUGCAAAUAAAUCUGCCAAUGGGAUAAAUAAAUUGGGCAAUGGAUUUAUUAAUCUUGCACCAUCAUUUGAUGAAGAUAAUAGCAAAUCAAAGGAGAAAGAAAAAAAUGACAAGAACAGCAGCAGUGGAAAAGCCAAUGAUGUGUGUUUAAAGGAUGAUUGUGCUUACUGUAAAGGUAGGAUAAGAAAGCAUAUGCAUAGCGAUGUUAUUAAUACACCUACAAUGGGAUUAAAUGGAUAUGGGAAAUCAAAUAAUAUUUAUAUAAUAAUUAAUAUUCUUUGA